AUGGCGGCAUAUGCUGCCUUGGUUUCUCUAAUGCAUCUCAUAGACACAAUCGAGCUCCAUCAUUUCCCAUUCAUUUCUCUCCACAAAAACCAAAUUCAAUCUCUCACUGAAAUUGUUACCUUCCUGCUUGAAUUUCUCCAAGCUUACAAGUCCCCUGUUUCCGACCACGACGAAGCAGAUCCAUUGGAGAUGCGUAUUGCUGAUGCAGCUUAUGUGGCUGAAGAUGCUAUUCAAUCUCAUAUUAUGCACAAGAUUCAGCUCAGUGAAACAUCCGUAAAAACCAAAAUCAGACGAUGCUUCGACAGUAUGUUUCAAGGUCUAAAGUUGCAUCAAGAUGUACAAAAGGCAAUAAAAGAAAUGGAUCGGAUCAAGCGAGUGGCGAUGGAGACCGACACAAAGAAGAUGGUGGUGUUCAGUGAUCAACCGCGCAGUUCUUCCACUAGGAACAAGAGUAGUGGCGUGAUGGUGUUCCCUGAUCAUGUCUUGCACGGGAUCAUGGAAAAGCUUGUUGUAGACGAACCUGGUCGUCAAGUCAUCCCGAUCACAGGAAUGGGUGGGAUAGGUAAGACCGCUCUUGCUCAGACUGUUUAUUCAGAACAAGUUAUUAAAGAUCGUUUUGAUAUUCGUGCUUGGGCUACUAUUUCUGAACACUACAACACGAGAGAAAUUCUACGCGAACUUGUUUCACAAGCCACUAACAAAGAAAAGGAACAACUAAGUGAAAGGAGUGAAGACGAAUUAGGAUUAGAGCUCCACCAGUAUUUGUUUGGUAGAAGGUUUCUAAUUGUAAUGGAUGAUGUGUGGAAUAUUGAAUCUUGGAAUGAGAUACAACAUUACUUCCCUGACAAUGGAAAUUUCAGUCGGAUAAUGGUAACGACUAGGCUAUCCCAUUUGAGUUAUCAAUUUAACAAUCACUAUAGCCAUCAAAUGGAAUUUCUUGAUGAGGUUAAUAGUUGGAUCCUAUUCUCCAAAAUUGUGUUCGGAGAGGAACAGUUUCCUCUAGAAUUGGAGAAAAUUGGAAAGGAAAUUGCAUACAAUUGUAGAGGACUUCCCCUAUCAAUUGUUGUAGUGGGAGGUAAUUUUAAAAAUAUGGAACACACACAAGAAUGUUGGGAAUCAAUAAGAAAGAAUUUAACUUCAGUAGUGAAUUCGGACAAUGAUAAGCAUUGCUUAAGAUUGUUAAAAAUGAGCUACAGUCAUUUGCCAGUUUACUUAAAGCCUUGUUUCUUACACAUGGGCAUGUUUGGGGAAGAUGCCACAAUUAAGGUCUCAACACUCAUCAAAUUAUGGGUCUGUGGAAGAUUUCUUAGACCUAAAGAUGGAAAAAGUUUGGAAACAACUGGGAAAGGUUUCUUAAAGGACUUGGUUGAUAGAAAUCUGGUUCUAGUUGACGAGUUGGGGUCUACUGGAAACAUUAAACAAGUCAAAGUUCAUGAUUUGCUAAGAGACCUAUGUCUGAACCAGGGAGAGAAAGAAGGGUUUUAUCACAGAAACACUUCACAAGAGAAAUUGCAGCACCUCGCUUUGGAACAGGCAAGUGGAAAAUCUUUGAAGGCCAAUUCUCCUGCCUCAAAUACUUGGAACUAUCUUCGUGCCAUAGCCUGA